CUGAAACCGACGAAGAAGCAGCGACCACGGAAGGCGUCGAAACUGAAACCAGUCCUGUUACCGACUCAUCUGCGGGUGGACGGUGAUAAUGGUGAACAUGAUGAUGAUGGCGGUGAUGGGAUUGAUUCUGGCGGUGAGGGUGUUCAGAUGAGACGUACAGUUGUGACUGGGGUGCUGGACAAGGAAGAAGAUGACGCUGAAGUGGAUGCGAACGAACUGCGCACCAAGUCUGAGGCGGAGUCACGAUAA